UGCGUGCGUUUGGGAAGGGCUGCAGUGAAACGCGUCUGAUGUGCGCUAUUCCCUCAUAGAUGCGCUCGUGCGUGAAAUCGUCCGUUUCUACAUCAAAUCGGUGAGAUUUCGCAUCUUAUUCACACGCGUUCAUGACGGAACCGGCUGUGCGUUUCAUUCAUUCGCGGAGACAGCUGAGAUUUUCUCCGGCACUGACAUUAUGCGCUCGGUAACCGGGAGCUGAUGCUGAUAUUGACACCAUCCGCUAUCCUCUGACAGCUAAUACACGGUGCGCGCUGCGCCCAUUUCUUUCCAUUCAUUCUACAGAAAGCAUCGAGAUGUCUAUGAAAGCAAAGAACGGCGAGGCGGUGAAGGUGGUGGUUCGGUGUCGCCCGCUGAACCGCAGAGAGGAAUCGUCGGGUUAUGAGAACAUCGUGCAGAUGGAUGUGAAACUGGGCCAGGUGGCCCUGCGGAACCCAAAGGCGGGUCCGGGAGAUCCGCUCAAGACCUUCACGUUCGAUGCCGUCUACGAUGCGUGCUCCAAACAGAGCGACAUGUACGACGAAACGGUGCGGCCGCUCAUCGACUCGGUUCUGCGCGGAUUCAACGGCACCAUCUUCGCGUACGGACAAACUGGCACCGGAAAGACGUACACCAUGCAGGGCCAGUGGCUGGAUGCGGAGCGCCGCGGCAUCAUCCCCAACUCGUUCGAGCACAUCUUCACGCACAUCUCCCGCUCCCAGAACCAGCAGUACCUCGUCCGGGCCUCGUAUUUGGAGAUCUAUCAGGAGGAGAUAAGAGACCUGCUCGCCAAAGAUCACAGCAAGAAGCUGGAGCUGAAGGAGAGCGCCGACUCGGGCGUCUACAUCAAAGACCUGUCCUCCUUCGUGACCAAGAACGUCAAGGAGAUCGAGCACGUGAUGAACGUGGGCAACCAGACCCGGUCGGUGGGCUUCACCAACAUGAACGAGCACAGCUCCAGAUCUCACGCCAUCUUCCUCAUCACGGUGGAGUGCAGCCAGCUCGGUCCAGAUGGCCAGAACCAUAUCCACGUGGGCAAACUUAACCUGGUGGACCUGGCUGGCAGCGAGAGACAGACCAAAACGGGCGUCCAAGGAGAACGUUUGAAGGAGGCCACCAAGAUAAACCUGUCCCUCUCCGCUCUGGGAAACGUCAUUUCCGCCUUGGUAGACGGGCGAAGUUCUCACGUACCCUACCGUGACUCCAAACUUACCCGCUUGCUUCAGGAUUCGCUGGGAGGGAACGCGAAAACCAUUAUGGUGGCCACGCUGGGACCGGCAUCCUACAAUUAUGGGGAGACCCUGACCACCCUGCGUUACGCCAACCGGGCUAAGAACAUCAAGAACAAGCCGCGUGUCAACGAGGACCCCAAAGACGCCCUGCUGAGAGAGUUUCAGGAGGAGAUCGCCCGGCUGAAAGCGCAGCUAGACAAACGUGGCAUGCUCACCAGGAGGAAGAGGAGGAGCAGGAGAAUUAGGAAGAUUGGAGAAGAAGACGAGGACGAGGUGGACGAGGAAGAAGAGGGUGAGGAGGAUGAGGAAAGUGUGGAGAAGGAGGCGCAGGAGUACAUGAAGGAGCAGCAGGAGAAGCUGGAGAGAGAAAAGGAGGCCAUCAGAGAUGACCAUUCGUUGGUGGCGGAGGAGAAACAGAGACUCCUGGAGGAGAAAGAAAGGAUGAUGAGACAUCUGAAGAAGGAGCAGGAGGCCACUGAGCUCCUCACUGCCAAAUUUAAGGCGAUGGAGAGUAAGCUGCUGGUUGGUGGGAAGAACAUCAUUGAUCACACCAAUGAGCAACAAAAGAUGCUUGAGUUGAAACGGCAUGAAAUCGCUGAACAGACACGCAGGGAAAGAGAAAUACAGCAACAGGUCUUGGUUCAGGAUGAAAAUACGAUAGAACUCAGAGAAACAUUCUCCACUCUGCAACAAGAAGUGGAAGCAAAAACAAAAAAACUCAAAAAGCUGUAUGCAAAGCUUCAGUCUCUGAAGGCAGAUAUUCAGGAUGUAAAUGACGAACAUGUGAGAAGUCGACAGGAGCUGGAACAAACUCAAAAUGAACUGACCAGAGAACUCAAAUUCAAGUAUCUGAUUAUAGAGAAUUUCAUCCCUCCUGAAGAAAAGAAUAAAAUUAUGAACAGACUUCAGUUUGACGCUGAGGAAGAUCAGUGGAAGUUUCAGCCUCUCGUCCCGUCAGAGAAUAAAUUCACGCAGAUGAAAAGACCCGCCUCCGCCGUGGGAUACAAGCGACCAAUCAGCCAGCACGCUAGGGUUGCCAUAGCGAUGGGAGCUCAUUCCAGAUACAGGGCGGAGAAUAUAAUGGUUCUAGAACUGGACAUGACUCCUCCUGUCGUGUUUCAACUGGACUCCCCAAAGUCUGGAUCAGAGAUAGAACCGUCUCAAGACGUUCUGCUGGAGAACUCUACUUACAGAGAGAAAUUUGCAGCAGGACGGGUGCGAAAGUCUCAGUCGUGGUGCCAGUCUCCACAAGCCAUCUCCUCCUCAAGCUCCGCCCUCUCUCUGGCAUCCUCAGGGUCCCACGGUCUGCCACACCCACAAAACAUCACCAUGGCAACGGCAAAUGAAUGAGACAGGAAUUACCAUAACACCACAGAGGAUUAAACAAUAGACACUAAACACAACAUAUAUUGAGGAAGACAGGGUGAGACAAACCCUUCCAUCUCCAUCAAACGAGGAUCCCGGAAAACCUGCCCACGUCCCUGCUGUCCGCUCGAUGCGGGACAAAACAGUUCAUGCUAAUUUUUUACUCUCCAGGACCAAUAAAACGAUUGAUAUUACAAACAAUACUCCCCUCUCUUCAUCUCUUGCUCUCUGUGUGUUAUUCCUCGGGGCAGUUUUGACCUGAAGACACUUUGAUAACUGCCAUCAAAUGACAGCACUGAAUAUUCUCACCUCACCCCGGCACCUGAGGUCUGGUCAAACUGUCACGUUUGUUGAGAUUCACUUCGCUGCUUCCAAACCAAUUGGUCAACCUCAGCGUUUACUUUCUGACUUUAAAGCAUCACGUCUGGAAAACGCACGCCUCAGAUGAUGGAAGCCAAACGGAUGGGGAUUGUGACCUAAUGUAAAGAAGAGAGCUAAAGAGAGGCUUGUCUCUCUUUCUAUCUGCAUGUCUUACUGUAUGUGUGUGUCUUUGUAAUUCUGAUCAGGGUUCCGGAAGGAAGAUGUCUGUCUGGCUGAAGGAUGGAUCUGCAGGGUUCCCACGGGCGUGGAAAAUAUGGAAAUAUCAGGGAAUUUCAACAUUUUGAUUUCCAGGCCUGGAAAGGUCACGUAAAUUAAAUAUUAGAGUUGCAAUCCGUAAUUACUGCCGUAAAAUUGCAGGUUACUCAAUGUGCUUGUCUUUGCGUGAGUUGAAGUCAAAGUAUGUCAGACAUUUCCCUCGAAAGUGUACGAGACAGUUCAAAUCAUAAAUCAUUAUUAUAGGCUUUCUGUUGUAAAUAGUGGUAAGGAGACAUUUUUAACACUAUUUUUUAUGUGGAAAAAAGUUUACAUAAAAACGUUAUGGGAAUUUAUAUAGAUAAUAUAAAUGGUUUCAGUUUUUCUUAAAGGUGAUGUGUCAUUUCAAUAUUACUACCCCAAUCAGGACAGCCAAAUAAUCCGAUUGAAAUUUAAUUUGGUGCUGCUAAUGGGACAGAUUUGACACAUUCCACCUAAAAAAUCUGUCUGUAGCCUUUUAUUUAUGCAAGUAAGAAAUCACAGUUCUUGCCUAUGAUAUAACAAAAGCCUUUUUGCCAGUCAAUGUUAUUAUAUCAAGUUAAUUUAAACACUUUCGAAGUAAAUAGUGUUUACAUUUUUGGGGUGAAUCAACCUUAAAGUCGCCGUGAACCGGAAGUUGUGAUCGUUUUUACUUCCGUAUUCUGGCACAUUUCCGAGUGAAAAAUAAUUUCAAAGGAGAAAUUGAGUGGGCGUGGCUUGCGUAUUUCACUCCGAAUUGAUUGGAUAUGUAACAGCUGUUGCAUUGAUUUUGAAAUGAAACUGGCAGCAGACUGACAGUUGAAGGGGAGGAGUUAACGGAUGCUCCGGUCAAGCCGUCUAAUUUAUGUCAUUUCAGAUCAGGACGGAAGUGCAUUUUCAGAUUUUAAAUGAAGAUUAUGAGGGAACAUGAAUUUUAAAACGAAAAUGACCCACAUUUAUAAGCUAUUUACUAUAAACGCUGCAGUAUUUCAUGAAAAAAUAAGAAUUGUCAUUUUUAAUUUCACUGGGACUUUAAGUUAUGGCUUACUUCAUAAUGACAGACUGGAAACGCAAUGGAAAUUCAACUUUCAAAUGGUGUGGGGACCCUGGAUCUAAAAUGUGUGAUCUGUAGAUACCGAGCAUGUGCUAUAUGACCUGGGCUUUGCUUUAACCUUUAAACCACUGCACUAACUUAAAGCAAUGAGAGAUCACGGACACAAAACACGCAAACACAUCAACACACAGAUAUGCCUUGCUUACUUGAUUUCUUCUGCAGCAACAGCCAAGGUUUCCAGCCAGAUGCCCUUCUACUGUAAUUAUGAACAUGUGGAGAUGAAGAUCUAUGUGUGUCUAUGUGCAUCAGAGUUGUGUGUUGUUGGCACAUGGAGUUGCUCUCAGUGAAUGGAAUUAAAUGAGCAGUUCUCUGGCGUGUUUGUUAACGUUUCUUUCAUGUGUGCCAGAAAGUGUGUUGUUUGGCAGUCAACACAAUAUGUCUUAAUGAAAUGUCAGAAAUUCAAAAAGGUUGUGUGAGGGUUGGUAACAUCUUGGUAUAGAAACAAUAUUAGUUUGUCUCCACAGUGACAGCAAAUCAAACAGGAAUGUUCCGGUUCAGUGUGGUUUUUUACCUCGGAUGUAUUGAAUAACUUAUAUCACAAUUGUUCUUACUUGUCAUUGAGGACACGAGUAAGACAAUCUCUCUUUCUCUCUGUCUGGAUGGAUGGUGGUUUAUAUAGUGGGCUUGCUGAAGCAGGCAUCUACUCUGAAUAAUUGACGCACGUGCCCACGCGGCGCCUUCCGUUACGGAUAAUCGGUGGGAUGCUGGAGGUCUCGUGCGGUGUCACGUUCUGCUGCUGAACCGUUUCAUUUCACUUUCGCCAGUGUCACAUCACAGUCUGAGACAGGUGAUAUGUUCACUAUAAAUAUGUAUAAAUAAUAUAAUAGAUAAAUAAAGAUGAAAACUUACGCCGGAUAGAGAAGCAGAGAAUCGCGAAUUCCAAGAGUGGACGUGAUCGAGCCGCGGACCAGAAAUUCAUCUCUGUUUCCAUGACAACCACUUUUUGGUCAUUGGACAUUUUCCUCAUGCAUCACUACCCCCACUCCUCACUUUUUCUGUUUUUUCUCUUCAAAUAAAUAAUCAACCUGUAUUCUAAAAUUGAGAGAUAUACAAUACAAUGUCAAUACAAUACAUUCAGUCUAUUUUUGUCUUGUAGCAUUCUUUAAUUAAAUUAUUAGUACAAUAAUGGGAAUUUAAAGUCGUUAUUUAAUGUUUUUUA